AUGCCACUUUUCUUAAGAAUCCUCUUGAGUAUCUUUUUUUUUGGCAGCGCGAUCCGUGCCGACGGGACUGGUGGUAGCGCUGCCGGCGCGAACCUUGGGCCCUGCACACUGGGCGCCGCUGACAACGGAACGUGGCGCCUGCAGCAGCGCGCCUGCAGCCUGACCGGUGCACCGUUGCAACCUGCGGCGCACAAACAAAUAGAUUUGGCCCGCCUUGCGGUCGUCGGCGCCACGCCGGCGGCGGCUGACGCGUCAGCGGCGGGAACCACCGUCUGGAGUGUGGACGCCUCCGGCGGCAGCCCGCGCAGCUUGGUGCUUUUCUCGGACACAG